AGACGUGAACAUCUGUAAUCCAUAACAAAUGCUUGGAUUAUAUUUAUCCAUCUGAGGGCCCUCAGAGAAAAGAGAUGCAAAGCUGGAUCUCAACGACAGAGUCAUAAAGAGUCACUGCAGGGAUAAGAAAUAAAUAAUGGAUACAGUAUCACCGAAAUCAAAGAUGUCAUAAGUGAUCCUAAAUGGAACCAGAAGCUGAAGACUUAAAGAACAUGGAUCGCUCAGUCGCUUCGUCGGGCUCUGAUGGAUCUCAAGAACAUAGCAUGCCUGAAUAUUUGGCAGAGUCCGAUAAUGAAGAUGAUGUCAGUGAUGUAGAGAGAAGUUUUGACCCACAGAUGUCUCCUUUCCCAAAGUCUAAUGCAGAGUCUCCAGAAUUGAAAUUGAAAUCCAAACAGAAAUUGUUUGACUUAAGUGUCCGUGACAAGGAAGGUUCAUACCCAGAAGAGGAUGAAAUCAACCCUAAUGAAUCAGGAGAGACAAUGACAGAGUCUACGCAUAUCAAAGCCUCACCAACUUCUUUCUCCUCAAAACCAGAAUGCCAUGACACUCAAUCUCACUGUGGCCAGAAGCCAAGACCUUGCUCAAUUUCCUCUUCCUCCUCCCUUGGGUUUGAUCCUAAAAUGACCCGAGCCUUGACCCUGACCACAGACGAACCCCCAGGGGCCAUUAAUAGGCCGGGCCCAGGGACAGGGAACAGGAGGUUUGAAUCUUCAGAGGAAGGAGGGAGCAGUGAAGCGCCUCCUGCUGCAGUCUUCUUUGGAAUCUCAGAUGAGGGUGCUGAGCAGCCACAGAAGUGGAACCUAGAAUCUGAAGCUGAUCUGUGCAGACCGGACAGCCACGGGACAAGGUGUACACGAUUUGGUCAAGAUGAGAGCCAAUCCCAAAGACAGGUCAAAGAGACCAAGUCCAAAUGCAAGAGAAUUGCUCGCCUUUUAACUGAUGCACCCAACCCUCAAAAUAAAGGAGCCUUGCUGUUCAAAAAACGCCGCCAAAGGGUGGAGAAGUACACACUUGUUAGUUACGGGACUGGUGACAGAAAGUUUGACGGCGAAGACCAUUUGGAAGGAGAAGAAGCUGAGGAAGUCAGUACAGCCGGGUAUAACUUUGUCGCGGCCAGCGAUUCUGAGUUUGAAGAGGAGUAUGCUGUAUACCGUCGGCAACAGGAUUUAAGUCUAAAUUGGGAAAGUGUUAAAGAAAUGGAAUUGUUACCCGCAACAAAAGGGAAGGGAGUUAUGAUGUUUGCACGCCGUAGCAAACGCAUGGAUGAAAUUGUGUCACGGCAAGAACUCUGCAGUAAAGAAUUACAUUUGGACGCUAUGUCAGAACCUGCAAAAGCAAACAGUACCUAUGACACAAGAGAAAUGUACGAUCAUUCUGAUCGUAAUAACUACAUGGACAGACACAUUCAACAAAUGAACCAACAAAGAUCCUUGGUUGCAAAUAGAACAGCAAAGCCCUUUUUGGGAUUCCAAAUAAGGCCAGCUGAUCACACAAAUCCUUCUGGUGUCUUCCCAGGGAGAGAGAAAUCGGAGCCAAAAUUUAAGAUACCUGUUCCUAUUAUUUCAAGUCCGCAGGUUUGGUCCCCAACUGGAGACAUCAUAGCCUCCAGAGAUGAGCGGAUAUCUGUGCCAGCAAUAAAGACCUGCAACCUUCCAGAGUUAAGGCGUAAACAGACGUUGAAACAAAGAUCGAACCCUCGUUAUCAAAACAAAGGACAAAGCAAAGCUUAUGUGGAGUCUGAAGAAGACUGUUUUAGCCUCGGCGCCGAAGCUUGUAACUUCAUGCAACCCCGAGCUAUUAAACUCAAGAAUCCACCCCCGGUUGCACCAAAGCCUGCCAUCAACCCCAAAUGUCCACCUUGGCGUAGAGGUCCUCCUAGCGAACCCUGUAUUCCAACAAUAAAUGCAGGUUCUCAGUCUUCCAAUAGUCCUGUGAGACAUCAGGGCCAACACCGGCACUUCCAACAGGAUCGGGCUCAACCUCAAAAGUCGGCCAACUGCUGGGAAGCAGAUCAAGCACCCACAACAAUUCAAACACCUGCCUCUGGCCAGACAUUGGUCAGUUCUUCUUCUCAGCCUCGACUUCAGGCAACCACAAACAGCUGGGGCAAACAACUGCCAAGACCUUCUGUGAGUAUGCAGUCCUACAGUCCUACUUACAGUCCACAUCACACACAAUCAAGGAGUACUCAAGACAGUGCUCCGAGUUCUGUUGCCUCUUGUCCACCAAAACCUGUCAAAUCAUUCGCACCAAAGAUAUCACCGGCUCCUCUAAGAGAUCAAGUCUCGGGUAGAAGUUAUGAUAGAUCUGGUGCUGCUCAGACCAUGACAGAGAAAGGAUUGCUUUCCAAAAGACAGUCCAGAACGGAGAAGGUUAGUGGCGGUCAAACAACAAACCAGACAAGAUCCUCCUCUCCAACAUUGUCCUUACCCAAUUCCUGGAGAUAUUCAUCUAAUAUUCGGGCACCACCUCCUUUAUCUUACAAUCCCCUUCACACCCCUUUUUAUACUCCACCAGCAGUGAAAAAAUUCCCCUCAAGUUCCAAAGAGAAGCCUAAAUCAUCCCCAAAGCACCUCAACACGUUAGAAAUCAUGAAACACCAGCCGCAUCAUUUGGACUCAUCACUGUUCAGGUAUGAUGCGGCCAUAGAGCUUAAAAUCCCCAGCGCCAAACCUUCACUGCCAUCAAAGUUUGACAUUACCCAAAAACUCAAACAAAGAUCUACUCAUUCUCACUCUCCGAAUAUCUCUGAGCUUGAUUUUGAAAGCAAGUCAGAAGCCUCUGCUAAGUCCUCAGCUAAAUCCUUUGGAGCGGUAAGUUCCCCAAAUUCCUCUCCUUGGCAACACGCCAGGUCAGCGGAGCCUCUUGCACUCUAUGAGCACUUGGAUGAAAAGCACGCUGGCUACCCUGCAUCCACCGAGCAAGCACCGAGCGGUCACCCUGCAAGCGCAUCUUUCCGGCAGUCAGCCAGCAUAGCCUUAGCUUUUUCUCCCGCAUCAAUAAUUGCUAGAGGCGCACGUCAAAUGGCUCCUCGGCCAAAGUUCUCCGCCAAGAAGUCUGUAGUGACAACCAAACAGUGGAGGCCUGUUGCAAUGCUGAAUUAGCUCUAUAUUUAGCUUUGCUUUGGUGACACAGUCCGCACGGAGAUGAAGGAACACCGUGCUUACACGACGCAGCCUAUGACUCCGCAGUGAGAGCGGUAUGAGCUUGAGCGUGCCAGCAAAACUAAACAAGGCCGUGUAUGCAAGUGGAAAUCCAGGCUGUCUUAAAAUUGCUCACAGCAUGUCGACUAUAAACUCAGUUCAUCUUCAUGAAAUCAGGGGAACUCUUUGAAGUUUAAGUGAAUAUGAGAUUAAUAUAUUUUAUAUGUUAAAUGUUUCUAAUGAAGUGCCUAAAUAUGUGCAAUACACAGUAUACAAGUAUACAGCCAAACAAGGUGUUUUAUUUAUAUAUAUAUACUCCAAAUAGCACAUUUCAGCUAAAAGACAGUAGCAAACAAUAGCAACGUGUAAUAAACUUACCGUAUUUUUCGGACUAUAAGGCGCACUUAAAAUCCUUUUUUUCCCUCAAAACUCGACGGUGCGCCUAAUGUACGGAAUCAUUCUGGUUUUGCUUACCGACCUGGAAAUGAACUUUAUUUGGUACAUGGUGUCAUGAUAAGUGUGACCAGUAGAUGGCAGUCAAACAUAAGAGAUACGUGUAGACUGCACUAUAAUGGCAAUAUGACUCAAGUAAACACCAACAUUUUAUAUGUUCCAUUGAAAAUAUAGAACAUUACACACGACGCUCAAAAAUCUAUCAAAAUGUUUUGGUACAACUUUGGUAAGCUAUGAAGCCGCACCGCUUGAUGUGCUUCAACAUAUGAGUAUUAUGGUGUGUGUAUAAGGUAAGACAUUAUCUGGUGUUUUGUUUCGCAAUAUUAUGCAAAAGCAACUUUUCUUACCUUCUGGUACCUGCUGAUCUGUAUUUCGGAUCUGCAUACAUCCUGAAAGAUUGCGCGAGUCCGCCUUUGUAGUCCGUGACGACACCCUAGUCGAUAAGCUUCUUCUUUUUCUCUAUCUUCUUGUUAUGGGACAUUCAUCCUCCGCUGUUGCCAUUUCUAAUAUAAAGUAGUGUAAAGUUCUUACUUAUAUCUGUCAGUAAACUCACCAUGAAAGCGCUAAAACAUACCGGUGUAGUGAGUUUACAUUAUUCACCCAAAACGGCGCAUCCGGAAGAGACUGUCAGAAAGCGACUUGAAGAUGAUUAGUAAAACAUAAUCUAUGCAACAUUUUGACCAAAGAACCACCAUUACAUGUUACGUAGACGACAAGGAAGUGUUUUCAAUUUAGAAAAUAAUAUGACUCCUUUAGUGCGCCUUAUAAUCCGGUGCGCCUUAUAUAUGAAAAAAGAUACAAAAAUAGACCAAUCCGAUGUGCCCUAGGGUCCGU